CUACACAACGUCAGCUCAAGCAAGUCGAAUCACAUACUAGGCGGUUGUGUUAUCGGUUCUGAAUCCGAGUCGCGCAGAUCCUUCUUGGUAGGGUCGAGGCGGCAUUCUCAGCACAUGGACCGCGCAGUUGCUUCGUUUGUAUUGCUCGCGAGCCAUGCGGGCACCGAGUACGUGAACUCUUUGAGGUGUGAGGCCGAGCGAGAGAGUGCGGCGACGCACUCGUUCAGCCCGUGCAGUGAGGAAGCGGUGGGGUACAAAGCGAUCACCAGGUCGUGCAGGGAUGCGUGGGUUUCCUUGACCAUGCGGCAGUCUUAUGUCUCUGUACGAGUGCCAAAAACUUGUGUGUAUGGGCGCAUCGUUCACUGA